GAACAGUGACCAAUAAUCAUUUCCAAGUUAGCGUUAUUGUUGUUUUUCAGACAUUUAUUAAUACCAUGGGCUCAUUUAAUUGCACAGCAUCACAUACUUGUCCCAGGUAGUCUUUAAUUCGCGUUGGUGACCGGACUUGGUUGAUAGACGUUAUCUAGGUAAAGCUAGCUAGAUGCUAACAAUGGCUAACUGUAUGGUUCUUCACACGCAAAUAGCCUCCAUCAUGGAGGUGCUAGCGAAUGCAGCAGUGACAGAGGUCUGUAAACUCGUAGACGACGACUAUGCAGUGUUUCGUUUGGAAAUAACUCAAAGCCAGAAAGAAAACAGAACAUUACGGAGGAAACUACAACUACUGGAACUGAAGGUGGCACGGGAGCGCGCAGAGACAACGCAAGAUCGCGUCCUCGUCAGUCGUCCCAGUAGUGUCAAGAUCCUCGACAGAUACAGAGAAAUGACAAGAGGUGAAGAACAUCUCACUGGAGACUACAGGAGCUUUGUGAAGACAGCGGAACACAAUACAUGGAGAGAUGACCAACCAAUAAAUGUUGAUGAGGGGAGUGGAACCUCAACCCAGCACGUUAUCGUGAUAGAGUCUGCAGAGGCUGUAGGUCUUAGGGCCAAGCAGGAGAGGUCUGAAGGAGAGGAGGACCCAUGGCACAUAAGAGACAUCCAGACUGGAGCGCCCCCUGUAGCCACGGAGGACACCACAACUGCCCCAGCGCUGCCAAGGACCCAACGCAGCAUCUCGGAGGAGGAGGAUGAUCCAGAGGUGCUGCUGGUGAAGAAGGAGGGGUGUGAGGAGGAUCUGGGGAACCCUGAGGGGACCAUGGUCAUGGAUGACAACCAGACUACACCUCCUCCUGAACCCACAGAGGAACCAGCUGAGCAGAACAGGUCCACACACAUUUUCACUGAGUUAGUAGACAUGGAGGAUGGGAAGCCUGAUCUGCUGCUGGUCAAAGAGGAGACAAUAGAAAACGGACCAGAGAGCAUUGAUCUGCUGAGUGGACUAAAGAUGGGGGAGCAAGGUGGUUGGCUGGAGGCUAACAGAGGAGACUGGACAGCCAUCUUGGAUUCCCAGACAGGUGCAUCCAAGGGCUCAGGGGAUGACAUCACUGUGCAGUCCAGGACCAGAGGCGACAUAGUGGAGGAAGAGGAGGGUCCAGAGGUGCUUCUGGUGAAGGAGGAGGGGUGUGAGGAGGUUCUGGAGAACCCUGAGGGGAGAACCAGACUACACCUCCUGAAGCCACAGAGGAACCAGCUGAGCAGCAUAGGACCACACACAGUCUCCCUGAGAGCUGCAAGAAAACCAGUAUCUGGUGGAAGAGGUCGACUGUUCACCCCAGAGCAGGAGACCCACAUUGUAAAUAUGGUCAUUGCAAAUAACUGCAUCAGACUCAGAGAACUGCAGGACCACAUAAUGGUAGAUAACACCGUAUUCCAAAACGUCAACCGAGUGAGUCUCUCUGCACUGUCUCGUCUACUGAAACGCAAUAGAAUUAGGAUGAAGCAGCUGUACAGAGUCCCUUUCGAAAGAAACGCAGACAGUGUAAAACAACUGAGAUAUGAAUAUGUGCAGAGCGUCAUGGAGCUAGAAGCAGAUGCAGUGCAUCAUGAGCUAAUAUAUGUGGACGAGGCAGGUUUCAACCUGGCAAAAACAAGGAGCUGCGGCAGAAAUAUCAUUGGACACCGUGCCAUCAUCAACGUCCCCGGACAACGUGGUGGCAACAUAACAAUGUGUGCGGCUAUUAGUCAAAAUGGCGUCCUUCACCAUCAUGCAAUCCUAGGCCCAUACAACACUGCACACAUUAUCACAUUUCUGGACACCCUCCACAACAGACUAAUCCCUGAUGACCAGGGGCCAGAGCAUCCCAGGUACAUUAUCAUCUGGGACAAUGUUAGUUUCCACCGGGCUGCUGUGGUCCGCAAUUGGUUCACAGGUCACCCACUUUUCAUCUCACUCAAUCUCCCCCCAUACUCUCCGUUCUUGAGUCCUAUUGAAGAAUUCUUCUCUGCAUGGCGUUGGAAGGUGUACGAUCGCCAGCCCCACCAACGCAUACCCCUUCUACAGGCAAUGGAGGAGGCUUGUGGAGACAUCGAUCAGGGGUCAUGCCAUGCCUGGAUACGGGACUCCAGGCGAUACUUUCCACGCUGCCUAGCUCAAGACAACAUCACAUGUGAUGUGGAUGAAGUCUUAUGGCCAGACCCACAAAGGCGGCGAGAUUUAGCCUAAUUUUCUUCCGUUCUUUUUUUCCUUCUUGCACCAAUGUUUUUGUUUUCUUCUACUGCGCUUUUGUUGUUUGAGGAGUGUUAGAACAUUGAGGGGUAAAAAAAAAAAAACUUUCCCCCCUUAUUUGUAUUGAUAGUGUGUUAUAUUCGGAAUACACAUGCAUAGUUUCCACAUUUGGAUACCUGUGUUUACUACAUGUAUGACAAAACUUUAUUGCAAACUGCUAUGACCUGCACACAGAAAAAGUAAAAGCCACAAGUGUUUUUCAUUUGUACUAUCAGUGCGUA